AUGGUCAGAUAUCACCUCCGCCCACCAUCCCUCACCUCCGUCAAAAGAAAGCCGAAAACGAAAACGGUCGAAAUGGUGGUCAAGGGAGCGCUCAGCCUCCUUGCUCGGCCGAGUCCCCGCAAAGGUGGUCUCUGUCUGCGUUGUCUUGUUGCUACGGGCGUUCCUGUGGCGUGCACUGGAAUCAUGAUGGACAGGGCAAAUCGUCCAACAAAGGCGGUGAUGGCUGCCCAGAUAAGCAUUGGCAUGCAGGGCAUCGAGACAUGGAGCGGGGAGCGGCAGUGGCAUCAACAACCACGCCGCGCACGCCUCACCUCAACGGUGCGACAGGGGCAUUGGUAUUAUCCGGGAGAAAAAGGGAAGGUCUCGAAGUACUAUGCGUGCAAGCGUAAAAGCAUACAGCAAGCCCCUCGACCGCCUUGGAGCGGUGGAUGA